GAUGAGCGCUGGCGGUGCCCCGAAGGGCUGCGGAUGCGCGCUGGGAAAUCUAUCGGCGUCGUGUUCCGCACUCUCGCGAUGGCGGCAGCGGAGGCCGUGUUGGAGGAGUUUGCGACUCUCACCGACGUGUCGGUGGCAGCCGACGAGCCUGUGGAGGGGGACAUCAACGUCCCCGUUUCCCACAACAGGGAGGACGACUUCUCCACACUGGACGAGCCAGUCAAGGACACGAUCAUGAGAGACAUGAAAGCCGUAGGGAAGAAGUUUAUUCACGUGCUCUACCCAAAGAAGAGUUCUGAACUCUUAAGAGACUGGGAUCUGUGGGGUCCACUAAUACUAUGUGUAUUACUAGCAGCGAUGCUGCAGGCGAAGACCCCCGUUGACAAAGCGAGUCAAGGCCCACAGUUUGCAGAGGUUUUUGUGUUAGUAUGGGUCGGUGCCAUAGUCGUCACGCUGAAUUCCCAGCUCCUUGGGGGUAACAUAUCCUUUUUCCAGAGCCUGUGUGUGCUUGGAUACUGUGUUAUGCCACUGACAGUGUCCAUGAUCGUGUGUCUCAUCACCACCUUGGCCACAAAAACUCUCGUCCUCACCAUAAUUAAUUGUAUUGUGGUCUUCCUUUCCUUUGGCUGGUCUGUAUUUGCAUCGACAGCCUUUCUGGCCGACAGCCAGCCGCCCAAUAGAAAAGCCCUUGCCGUGUAUCCAAUAUUCCUUUUCUACUUCGUCAUUAGUUGGAUUAUACUCUCAGGCGUCCACUCGUAAGCCCGCAGGCUGCUGCAAUAUUUUCAGCUUUGUGUACAUAAACGUGCUGUAAAAUAUUGUAAUUAUUGUAUACAAGUGUUAAAUGUUCUAGAUUAGUUUGACAUUUUGUUGGUGGACACAGAUUCAAGCUUUUAGAUUUAAAAUGUGUCUUAAAGUUUGGGAUCAUCUGGACGCACAGUUUAAACCUGUAUGCACCACAGUAAUUCGAAAGGCAAUG